CACAACUUCCGGUAUAUCUCCUCAACUUUCCCCUGCUUCCGGGACGAGCCAGCAUCAUAUUUUGUGUCUGCUCCGUCUUGCCACGCAGCCAUGAGCACCCAGGGCCACCAAGUUUAUACCCAUAAGGUGCAGGCUGCCCUCGACCGCCUGAUCAGCAUGCACCUGCAGGCCUCCUAUACCUACCUCUCUCUGGGCUUCUAUUUCGAAGGAAACCGUGUGGCUCUAGAGGGCGGUUUCUUCUUCAGGUUGGCUGAGGAAAAGCGAGAAGGUGCCCAUCGCCUCCUGAGGCAAAACCAGGUGAGCGACCGCUCCCUCUGCCAGGAUGGGCAGAAGCUGACCCAAGAUGAGUGGCAUGAUUGCCUGGAAGCCAUGGAAGCUGCCCUGAUCCUGGAGAAGAAUCUGAACGAGGCCCUUUUGGAUCUGCAUGCCCUGGGUUUGGCUAACACAGACCCCCAACUCUGCUUUUUCCUGGAGAGCCAUUUCUUAGACCAGGAAGUGCAACUCAUCAAAAAGAUGGGUGAGCAUCUGACCAACCUUCGCAGGCUGGCCGGCCAGGAUGCUGGUCUGGGCGAGUAUCUCUUCAGAAAGCUCACACUCAAGGGUAACUAG